GUGCUGGCUCGGAAGCUGGAGAGCGGCCGUCCUGACGAGCCUCUCGCCCCGCCCGUUCGGUCAGGCUGCGGAGCUGUCAGUCAUGGCGCUGUCCUCGCGGCUGUGGCGCCUUCUCCCUCUGCGGCGCGGAGCCACCCAGAGCUUCCGUCAGCUGGCGAGGACCUGGGGCAGCCGGGGACACUGUGGCUCCGAGGUGAUAAGAAACACUCGACCUUUCAAGAGAGGCCUUUUGUUCUCAGCCUUGUCUUUUUUGGGUUUUGAAACCUACCAAGUCAUUUCUCAGGCUGCCGUGGUUCAUGCCACAGCCAAAGUUGAAGAAAUACUUGAGCAAGCAGACUACCUAUAUGAAAGUGGAGAAACAGAGAAGCUUUAUCAGUUGCUCACACAGUACAAGGAAAGUGAGGAUGCAGAGCUACUGUGGCGUUUGGCACGAGCAUCACGUGACAUAGCACAGCUUAGUAGGACUUCAGAAGAAGAAAAAAAAGUUUUGGUGUAUGAAGCUCUAGAGUAUGCAAAAAGAGCACUAGAGAAAAACGAGUCGAGUUUUGCUGCUCAUAAGUGGUAUGCAAUCUGCAUUAGUGAUGUUGGAGACUAUGAAGGCAUCAAGGUUAAGAUUGCAAAUGCCUACAUUAUCAAGGAACAUUUUCAGAAAGCAAUUGAGCUGAACCCUAAAGAUGCUACUUCAAUUCACCUUAUGGGUAUUUGGUGCUAUACAUUUGCUGAAAUGCCUUGGUAUCAAAGAAGAAUUGCUAAAGUGCUGUUUGCAAAUCCUCCUACUUCCACCUAUGAGGAGGCCUUGAAAUACUUUCACAGGGCAGAACAAGAUACAGACAGAAGCUGCUCAGUUGCUUACAGGUUUGUGACAAGAGCUGAGAACUUUUUGGAGAAGGCAACAAUCUACCUAACACUUUGUAUUUCAUUGAUUUAUAAAGAUGAUACAUUAACCAUAAUGAUUCUAUGGCUCCCCCCCCCCCAGUUCUUUUAUGUUUAACCAUUUUUCAGAAUAAAUGGACAAAAUUCUGGGUUUCUUCACAAUUAAAAGUGUAAAAGAAACUGUCACAUUAACAAUUGAAGCUUGGAUGCCACUUCACUUACACAGAAUGAAUGUGAGACUGUAUACUUAUACGCCCCCCCCCCCGCCAAAGACAUGAGAAUUGUAAUGUUUUAAUAAAUUACAGCAAAAUGUG